CGCGCCGCCGGCCCGGGCGCUCGGCCGCGGGACCGGGCGAGGGCGGCCUGGCAGCGCGGGAGGCAGGGCCGUCCCGGUCCGGCUGCCGGGACCCCCGCGGCGGGGUCUGCCGCUGCGAGACCUGCCGGCAGCCGGAGCCGCCGGGCGGGCGUACGGGUGGGGAGCGCGGCCCCCGGUCCGCGCCGCAGGUGCCGGGCGGCUGGGCGGGAUCGCUGCCCUCAGGCGAUUUUGUCCUGAAUUUUGUGACCCUGCGAGCAGGGCGUACCGAAGCGAAGCGCGGCGACCUGAUCCUCGGCGUGGCCUGAGCGCUGCCGCUCGGUGUGUGGCGCUGGAAGGCGUGACAUUGGGCUCGGCUCUGCUCAGAUCUCUCUCUCGCUCUUACAGGUGAUAGGCAGCAGUGACUCUCGGGCAUUCAUUUUGUCCCGUUCAGCAGAAUGCCAAGUAAAACUUGGAGAAAGGCGUUAGAUUUUUAUGGGUAGUAUUUAUCACAGCAUCCCACAGUUAACGUAGUGGCAGCGUGCGCCGUGACCACAAUCUAAAAUUGGACAUUUGAAAAAAGAGAAGGUUCCCUUGCAUGGCACUAAUGAAGCUUUAACCUUUAUACUUCGAUGGGACAUUUGAUCAGUUCUGUUGGAGGACUUGGAUUUUUUUACUGUGACGGUGUGUUAACAAAACAGUCGAUGAGAAUUGGCUGUCAGGAAUUACUGCUACUUCAGGGUUGCUCGUCCGGCUUAAUUUUCUAUUUAGGCAACUUAAAACUCCUUCUGAAUUAGAUAUAGCUAAUCCUUGCUUUAGCAGUUGGCAAGUUCCUUUAGUAAAUCAGCGGAUUAAGCGCUGCAUGUUGAGAAUGCUCUUGGGGGACAGUUAGAUAAAAGUGCAAAACUUUUUUUCUUUAUUUGGCAUAGUUACUUUAAAAAUCCAUCAGUACCUAUUUUUAUCCCCACUAUUAAGGAGUGAGAGGGAAAUUAUAAAUAUUUGUCAGCAGCCUGUUGCACAGGAGUCAAAACUACAGUAAUAAACUGCUGCAUGUUUGGCAGGCUCAGAACAAAGAGGCAGCUGUCUGGAUUCCUGGGUCCUGCUCCUAGCACUGUCGUUUUAACAUCACCGAUAAGUACUGUGAAGCUCAGGAAAAAUUUUGAAAGUGUUUUGAGAUCUGUAAAAUGUUUUUAAGUUCAAGUGAUGGAUAAUGUAAUUCUCAUGGAGGACACAGGUUUUAGAUUCAAGAGUGCAAGUAUAUUUCUUGAGAACAGGUUGAGAUAGAGAAUUUUAUUUAAAAUAGCUGACACAUUUUCUCUUUUCUGACUUACAAAGAAUGAAUCUUGAAAUUAAGACAUACCUAUUAUUGUGUAGGCUUCCUGUUACUAAAUGAAGCACGAUGUAUCUGACUGACAUAAUGUACUGAUGCAGUGCUGGGUUUGACAUGACUCUGGAUGAGUGGAACAAAAGUGCUCCUGAGGAAUGUCACUUAACGUGGGCCUUUGACAUCUUGAAGCCUUUCAGUGCUUUUGAACCAAGACUUCAAAGCGACAUGUCAGACUCCCAUGUAUCUAAUGAUAGUGUUGACAUGUCACUGUGUUCCUGCAAAUACUGGAAUCCAGAUGUUGUUCUAGCAUUUAUCGUGUUUUAACAAAGGAAUGAAUCCACCAACCAAACAGAAAACCCUCCAACAAUAAGUACUUGAAGUGGUAAUACAACACUUGGCCAAACAGAACAGGGGUUACCUUUAUUCUGUGCAACAGUUAAAGUGAUGCUGCUCCUGAUACACGCUAAUGGGUGCUGAGGUAAAACUUCUCGUGUUAGCUCAUCUGCCGUGUACAUUUGCUUUCCAGUUUAAUCCAGGUGGAGACAGGAGCUUCCCAGAGAGUAUAAAUCCUACUAGUCUACCAAUAUAGCACCUCUCUGUAGGCACCUCAUUGCUGGUACCAAUACAGAGUCCUUUAGAACAAUAUCAUAAUAGUCCCAACUCCAUAAUUUGCUUACAGUGUAGAGCGUGGGGAAUGGAGUUCAAAUGAAUGAAAGCUUGCCUGCCUGUAAAAAGUCCCAGCAUGUUUGAAAAUGUCUCUUUCUCUUCUGUAUGUUCCUGCACCUGUGUAAAGAUAGAGCUAAAUCAAUGAAGUUGCUGUCUGCCUUCUGGAUUAUCUUCUAACUGCAUUCAGAAAUGAAAGCAAGUUUCCUUUAUUUUUUGCCCUUAUUAUAUCUACUGGAAGGCUGUUUGUGAAUUUUCUUCCUCCCGCAGCUAUAAACAAGUGUUGGUUUUCAGCCAAAAUUAAUUUAUGGUCCAUUUGUCCAUUUAUAUCCAUUUGUGCCAAUCUUACUUCUUAACUAGAAUAGGUUUCUUGGUACCCUCUCUGACGUAUUUGUCAAAGGCUGAUCCCUACUGGCCUGUUUUCCUAGCCUCAACAGGCUGUAUUUCCUUUCUCUUACCAUAAAACUGAAUUUAUGAGAUCAUAGGAGAGCACAGCUCUUCUCCGCACUUGUUUCCCCUUUGAAUUAAUCUUCCUUGUGCAAUCUAGUCAUUUGUGUUUGCAGCAUUCCAGAAAGACUCACGCUCAAUGCCACUAAUACCUCAUUUGAUACAUCCUAAAACUACAAUUAUCUUCUUCGUGUCCAAUGUCUACAUAUUUCUUAUCACUUAAUAUACCAAGGUCCUUUUAUCGUAUGGUUGUUCCUCAUUAAGAAACCUCAAGCUUUUAGUAGAAAUUCCUAUUAUCCUUGAGUGCACGACCAGGUACUUUGUCCUAUUACCCUGCUCCAUUUUUGUUGGUGCAGUUCUAAAGAUCAUUCAGUUCUUUGUAGGAUUUUUCUGAUCUUUCUCCUUGGAUGAUGCAUGCUUCUUCUGAGUCAUGAACAAAUUUCACUUCUGUCGGUGACCUAAACACAAAUUACGUGUGGGAUUUAUCUGAAAUGUGAUUCUUGAUAAGCUAGAGCAGUAAUUUCCUCCCAGGUCAGUAAUCUCUAUCAUGUAACUGCUGUCAUUUCCCUUUUAGCCUGUUGAUUUUCUAAGUGUACACAUCUUUCCAUCCCCCUCUUUUUCUUUUGUGCCCCCCCCAUUUUUUGUCAGCUGUCACAUCAUAAUCGGUGUGCAUUUUAUGAUCAUAUCUAUCAAUCACACUGUACUUAUUAGAACAGUCAAUUAUCAUACCAAAAAAGAUAUGCAAUUUCUAUGCACCUUUGAUAUCUGUUCUAGGCUUUUGCUCAUUAGGUUUGUCUCAUGGACUUCAGGGACUUCUGUUGGUUUUGGGGUUUGUUUGUUUUUUUCUUAAGUAGCUAAAUACUGCUUUCAUGUGCCAGUUCUUGGAGUGUUGUGGAAUGUACUGUCUGAUUAUGUGAACAUACAAAGUCAUUCUGAUUCCAAUUCAGAUAAGAUUACCAGACAGUUUUUAUGCAUUAAUCUUCAUUGGCUCAACCUGCUGUAAUACAUUUCUUUGGCCUGUAACAAAGGGGAAAAUAACACAGUUGCAGAAAUACAGCUGUUUGUUUAAAUAUUGAGAAGGAGUUUCAGAAUUUGGCUUUGAUGGGCACUAAGCAGCAGUGCUGGAAGAAGAGAAAGAAGAGUGAGAAGAUUGCCCGAAAGCAGAAGAGUCCGGAAUAAAGUUGGUCUUCCUUCCAUAUCCCCACAUCUUUGAGCUGGCUGCCAUAGUAGGCAGGGAUCUUAAGGCCACUCUGAAAAUGACAAUGAGCAUGUGUUGUUAACUAGCGGAAUGAAUCUCAGGUAUUUGUUUUGAAGACCAAUUUGAUGAGGAGGUUGACUUGCACAAUUAGAAGUUCUGUGGAAAGUGGAGUUUGAGACUGGAUGAAUUUGGCAGCAGAACCCACAGAGGAAAGAAGCUCAGUCAUAUAAGAUCAUCAAUUUUGCUCCAAGUCUACUGCAAAUCAUAGUAUCAGAUCAAGUUGAAUUUCCAGUGCGUCAAGCAGCUGCCAUUUACCUGAAGAACAUGGUGACACAGUACUGGCCGGACCGUGAACCACCUCCUGGAGAAGCAGUAUUUCCAUUCAACAUUCAUGAAAAUGAUCGUCAGCAGAUUCGUGAUAACAUUGUAGAAGGAAUAAUUCGUUCUCCUGACUUAGUGAGAGCCCAGCUGACAAUGUGCCUCCGUGCUAUCAUUAAACAUGACUUUCCUGGCCAUUGGACAGCCGUGGUGGACAAGAUAGGCUACUACUUGCAGUCUCAGAACAGUGGGAGUUGGCUUGGGAGCCUCCUGUGCCUCUAUCAGCUGGUGAAGACUUAUGAAUACAAAAAAGCAGAGGAACGAGAUCCUCUCAUAGCAGCAAUGCAAAUAUUUUUGCCUCGGAUUCAGCAGCAGAUGAUCCAGCUUCUGCCUGAUAACUCCCAUUACUCUGUACUGCUUCAGAAACAAAUCUUAAAAAUCUUCUAUGCUCUUGUUCAGUAUGCAUUGCCGCUCCAGUUGGUGAAUAACCAGACUAUGACUCAGUGGAUGGAGAUCUUCCGUACUAUCAUUGAUAGAAAUGUACCUCCGGAGACUUUGCAAAUUGAUGAAGAUGAUAGACCCGAGCUGGUGUGGUGGAAAUGCAAGAAGUGGGCAUUGCAUAUUGUAGCUCGUCUUUUUGAACGGUAUGGAAGUCCUGGAAAUGUAACUAAAGAAUACUUUGAAUUCUCAGACUUUUUUUUAAAAACCUAUGCUGUGGGCAUACAACAGGUUCUCUUAAGAAUCUUAGACCAAUACAGGCAAAAAGACUAUGUUGCGCCACGUGUUCUUCAGCAAACAUUAAAUUAUCUGAACCAAGGGGUUAUUCACUCUGUAACAUGGAAACAAAUGAAGCCACACAUACAGAGUAUAACAGAAGAAGUGAUAUUCUCUCUAAUGUGCUACAAAGAUGAGGAUGAAGAGCUCUGGCAAGAGGACCCAUAUGAAUAUAUCCGCAUGAAAUUUGAUGUAUUUGAGGAUUAUGCAUCCACUACAACAGCAGCACAGAAUCUCCUUUAUACUGCUGCGAAGAAGAGAAAAGAGGUGUUACCAAAAAUGAUGGCAUAUUGCUACCAGAUUCUGACAGAGCCAAACAUUGAUCCAAGGAAAAAAGAUGGAGCUUUGCAUGUUAUAGGAUCCCUAGCAGAUAUUUUAUUGAAGAAGAGUGUCUUCAAGGAUCAAAUGGAGCUGAUGUUACAGAAUCACGUAUUUCCAUUGUUCAUGUCUAACCUGGGGUACCUCAGAGCUAGAUCCUGUUGGGUACUUCAUUCAUUCAGUGCUUUGAAAUUUCACAAUGAGCUAAACUUGAGAAAUGCAGUAGAGUUGGCAAAGAAGAGCCUGAUCGAUGAUAAGGAAAUGCCUGUCAAAGUAGAAGCAGCCAUAGCUCUUCAGACAUUAAUAAGCAACCAAGAGCAAGCCAAGGAAUAUGUGAAGCCUUAUGUAAGGCCAGUUAUGCAAGAGCUCUUGCACAUUGUUAGAGAGACGGAAAAUGAUGAUCUUACUAAUGUAAUCCAGAAGAUGAUCUGUGAGUACAGUCAGGAAGUAGCUACUAUCGCCGUUGACAUGACGCAACACCUGGCUGAAAUAUUUGGUAAAGUACUUCAGAGUGAAGAAUAUGAGGAAGUAGAGGACAAAACGGUUAUGGCCAUGGGCAUCUUGCACACAAUUGACACUAUCCUGACAGUUGUGGAAGAUCACAAAGAGAUAACUCAACAGCUGGAGAGCAUUUGCUUACAGAUCAUUGGCCUCGUUUUGCAGAAACAUGUUAUAGAGUUUUAUGAAGAAAUUCUUUCCUUGGCCUACAGCUUGACAUGCCAGAUGAUUUCACCUCAAAUGUGGCAGCUUUUAGGUGUUCUAUAUGAGGUUUUCCAGCAGGAUUGCUUUGAGUACUUUGCAGAUAUGAUGCCUCUAUUGCAUAAUUAUGUGACCAUUGACACUGAUACUUUACUGUCUAACCCAAAGCAUUUAGAAAUCAUUUAUGCUAUGUGUAAAAAGGUAUUAACAGGAGAUGCAGGAGAAGAUGCAGAGUGCCAUGCAGCCAAACUCCUAGAAGUAAUUGUUCUUCAAUGCAAAGGACGGGGUAUUGACCAGUGUAUUCCACUCUUUGUGGAGGCUGUUCUGGAGCGAUUAACUAGAGGAGUUAAAACAAGCGAGCUUCGUACCAUGUGUCUUCAGGUUGCCAUAGCUGCACUCUACUACAAUCCUGACCUACUUCUGCACACUUUAGAGAACAUCAGAUUUCCACACAAUCCUGAGCCCAUUACUGCGCAGUUCAUAAACCAGUGGAUGAAUGACACAGACUGUUUUCUUGGACUCCAUGACAGAAAGAUGUGUAUAAUAGGACUGAGCAUCCUAAUGGAAUUGCAGAACCGACCGCCUGCAGUGGAUGCUGUGGCUGCCCAGAUUGUCCCUUCAAUCCUCCUCCUCUUCCUGGGCUUAAAACAAGUUUGUGCUUCAAGAGAACUCACAGAACAUGAGGAUCAUGCUAAAGAUGAAAAACACGUUGCAGAAGAUAAUGAAGAGAUACCGAGUGAUGAGGAGGAGACAAAUGAAGUGAGCCAGGCGAUGCAAGAGAACCAUGGUGGAGGAGGAGGAGGAGGAGGCGGUGGUGGAGGAGGUGGAGAGGAGGAGGAUGAAGACGAUGAUGAUGAUGACUGGGAUGAAGAUGCAUUGGAAGAGACUGCUCUUGAAGGGUUCAGCACACCUCUUGACCUUGAAAAUGGUGUUGAUGAAUACCAGUUUUUUACACAAGCACUUUUAGCGGUGCAGAGCCGAGAUGCAGCCUGGUACCAUUCACUGACAGCACCGUUGAGUGAGGAUCAGAAGAAACAGCUGCAGGAAAUUUAUACAUUAGCAGAGCACCGGCGAAAUGCUGCAGAGACUAAGUCAAUAGAACAACAAAGUGGCUACACAUUUGACAACAAAGGACUGAUCACAGCAUUUAACUUUGUUGGAAGUACUCCUGGUGGCAACUGAAGGAUCAACUACAAAGGUCAAUGGGAAGGGUCUCAUCAUUACAUUUUCUUGAAAUCAUCGUGACUUCUGAGUGAUAGGGGAGGGUGAUUUAAUGCUGCUGAAGGUUUUCUGGAAAAUAGCAGUGUGCUUCCCCCACCAGAAUGCUCUUUCUAACCAGCUACUGUAAUGUACAAAUUCUUGUGGUGUUUUUAUAAUUUGAUGGACUGAAAGGAAACAUUUGUCCUCAAGGAACCUGAAUGACUGGGAGGGGCCAGGCUGCAUCUAAUUGAGUUGCACUUCUCAGGUUUUUGCUGUGCAGAAUUGAUAGAUUCAUAUGGAUAACAGUGCCUUCUGUUGUACAUGGAUUGCCUGAACAAAUGGAUUUUGGAGUGCAUUAUAAUUUUUUAAGUGUAAGGACAUUUCUUGAUACACUGUAAGCCUUGGUUCCAUGUUUUCCAGUCACCUGCUUUUUACUACUCGGUUUAAUUGUUCGUUGGUUACGUACACAUUGCUGGAUUCAGAAUAUUAUCUCAUCUUCCCUAUUUGGUGCAGACCAAAUGUGUAGAGGGAGGUGUCUGUUGGAGUUGUAAAGCAUACACUGGUUACGUCAAAGGGUCUUAACAAAAUUGCAGAUUUUCCCUUGAUGCAGUAGUCUUAAAUUAUUUCUCCUAGCCAUGAAAUCAACUCGCUUGAGUUAUGAUGGCACGCAUGGCAGGUGGCUACCUUAAAUCCACAUUGAUAUUACCUCUUGCCUGGACAAGUGGUGUGGCCCUCGCAAGUAGAUGUUCUACAUGACAACUUUUUAUUUCCACUAUUUUUGAUGAAUAUUGGAUUUUACUUGGGAUUCUAUAAACGUCUUUUCUGGUUUUAUUCAUUCAUUACCAUUCCAGUGGUAGUACUGAAUAAUGUGGUACAAAAUAUUUACAAUAUUUUAUUUAUCUUAAUAGAAAAAAACAGCUCCAAACUUAUUUCUUCUUACUCCUACACUUUUGUGAUUGAAUUUCUGGUCUGCAUUCCAUUUGGCUGUUCUUGUCCCAUGCUGAAAUUUCAUUAUCUGCCAGAUUUUUUCCUAAAUUUCGAAGACUGGUUUCUCAUAAACUGAAACACAUAUAACAAGGUGUCUGUAAAUAUGUUUAUUUAGUGAUAAACUGAUAGCAGUACUAAUUUGAAUAGGUGCCCCUCCUUUAGAUCUAUUUGGAUCGCAGUGGUGUGGCCAAAAUAAGUAGGGGUGCUUUACAAUGUGAAGUUUGGAUUGGAGAUAAAAUGUUUAGACCAGAUUUUGUCUCUAUGUGUUAAUUUCUUUAUGACUUAAAAAAUAUUUACGAAGCAGUUUUAAGCACAUACUGAUAAUGUAUUUCUUUAGAGCAGUGCCCCAACUGAAAAGUCGAAGCCUUUCCCAUCCGCCAUCAAAUUUUCAAUGACUGUAGCGAAUUAUGGAUUGCUGGCCCUACACUGUGCUGAAGCUUUCAUUUUUUAUAUGUCAGAGUAAUUAUAAUUCAGUCUGAUAUAUCUGAAGCGCUCUACGCCUUGGCUUCUGGAAAAGGCCAAAGUGUCUUUGCCUGUUCCUUGCCCCAUCCCCUGGAAUUGUCUCAGCCUGGCAGCUGUGGGGCAGAAGGUUCCCUGCUGCUUUCCUUUUUCCUGCACUCUUGUGUCAGACUCUCUCCGGUGCUGUUCUCUGAUGCUGCUUCUUCCCCCCCCUCCCCACGCCCCCCCCCCCCCCCCCCCCCCCCCCAGCAGCUGCAGAGUAAAGUUGGGCUGGUUCAUGUAGGUUUUACACUGCUGCUACUCACUUAAUUGCAACAGUGAAAAUUUCUCACUUUUAGGUCUGUUGUACAUAUGGAAAACUGAGAAUUCCAGGGUCUGUAUUUCCAAAAGGGUACAAUACAUUGAGCUGCAUUGGACAGGCUCUUUAAGCUCAAGCAGCAGAGGGCCGGGGCAUCCUUUAUUUUGAACAUCAGGCCAUGAAAAUUUUACGUCACUUUUGCUAAUUUAGGCCUGGAAGUGUAUUGACUGAGACAGUAGGAAGGCAUUACAUCCAGUUUGUUAGUGAGUUUCUCAGAAACCAUGGAAGUUUUGAAAUCCUUCACAAAUUUAAGAAAUGGUUUUUUUAAGUUAAGGACAUGGACGGCUUCUCUCUUACCUGACAAGUGAAGUAUUAGGCACGCAAACCGUUUAAGCCCUUUAUUAUUUUAUUUUAAAAAAUGAGAUUGUUGAGUUGGGUUUCUUUAAAAGCCCAUUUGCCUUCUCUGCACUGGCAUGCAGAGUAGAAGAAGGAUUAUUUUUUUUUCUGAUAAUGAGGUUGCUAGCACAGUCACAAGCUAAUAUUUAGGAGUUAAUGUGUUCAAGGAAAAAUCUGCUUUUGCAUAGCAUCAUCUUUGUGUCACUCAGCUGAACUAUGGCUGCUCCCUAGUUCUGCUUGUUGUAUUCUUUUCAAAUCAUCUGCCAAGAAAAUUUCAUCCAGAUGUUUCUUACAAGGGGUUUAAUCAGCAGUGUGGAGUCAGGAAUCUUUGUUGUCUAUUUUGCAGUGGGGGUCAGAGAUGUCUGAGGGGAUGGCAUGUAAAAAGGUUAAAUGCCCUUCCCUUCCCAGGAGAUUCAUGAGCAAAUGUUUCUAUUGGCAAAAGCAAAUGUUAAUUAUUUUAUUCCUUUUUUUGAAAAGGGUUUGCAUCCAAAAAGAUUUAUUGGGCUCUAGCCUCCACUUUAACAUAUGGUUCUCUUUUAACAUGAUCAAUAUCCGUUUGUACAUGAUCAUAAAUAGGUAAUGGAUUUUAGGGAUUUCUUUCUGAGCUGUGUCCAGCUUUGUACUACAUUAAAGGGAGAGUAACACAAA